AUGAAAAGGACCAUCCCAAUUUGUUCAUUCAACUUGGCCGCGGCAAAAGCCCCGCCCUUUUUGCUGUCCUACAUUGCAAUUUCUCCCAAGAAGCCCGUGCGUCUCUCCGUUCACUCUCUAGCCGAUGAGCCUGCACGCAAGAGCCCCCCGGAGUUCCCCAAGGUGCCAAAUCAUCAACCCAGUGUCCCACCGGAAGUGCCACCAGUUCCUACCACUCCGGAUAUUGACCCGGGGAGUAUUCCGGCCGAAGUGAACACUAAUCCUCCGCCGUACAGUCCUCCUGGGACGAAACCAGGACCGGAGUUCCCGAGGACUUCUAUACCGCCACAUCCAGACCCGGGACCGGAACUCCCGAAGCCUACUAUACCGCCGCGUCCCGACCCAGAUAUACAGCUUCCUAAACCGGACGUAGUGCCGCCUUAUCCACCCGAUUACGUGCCACCGAAUCCCCCAGGGCCUGAUAUCGUGCCUCCGCCACUACCGACUCCGCCACCGGGUAUCAGUCCACCGACUGGGCCAUAUAUUUUGGAGGAAGUGCUUCGCCGGGGAGUGGGCUUUUGGUCAUGUUUUGAAUUUGAGCUUGCUGAUGUGGGUAGAUGGUGGCGCUAA